CUCUCGCUACUGUGAGCAACUCCUCUCACCUUUGGUCGGGGUUUUGUAUGGAGGCGAGCCGCCACUUUCCUCACCAUUACCAGUAGACCACCACACGGUACCCUCUCUCUCUUCCUCGGCGUGUCGGCUUGGCCGGUUGGUACUUGGUCCAUGCCUCACUCCUUCAGCCUUACCUGAGCAUGCCCUUCUCCAGCCUCUUCCUCUGGAGGGCCGUCGGAGGCCGCCAUAUAGGCUUCUCGCCAUGUCCCUCUCCAGUCCCAACCUCCAUUUCUUGCCGUUGAAGAACUGCCCACUUCGCCAGCGCUCGCUUUCCUUCUACUAUUUGUGUUCCGCCUUCGCUGCCUCGACGUCUCCGCCUCCUGGUCGUCCUCCUCUUCCACAGUCUCCACUCGCUCGCGAGUUCUUGAUCCCAGAUAUAGCGAUGAGCUGUUCUUUCCCGCCAAUUUUGUUAUUCCUGCGUUUGAACCCAGUUUGAAGUACCGCCAUCUGAUGGCUUUGGACGAGUACUCGGAGUCGGAGGAUCAUUCUGAUGGCGCAGUUGAGUCACAUAAGGUCAGCAGCCUAAUUGGGCUUCGUUGCCUGUUCCGUAUCCGAACUCGACCGGCAUUGUCUACACUCAAUGUUUCUAGAAUUGUUUUCUCAGUUAGGUAUUGGUUGAAUUGCUUCAUUUCCUUUGGGAUUCUUGUUUUCUAUGGGGAAAUUGGUUUAUGCUUUUGCGACCGUUGUGCUUUAGAAGAAUCAGUUGUCACUUGUCUCAAUCGGGUACUCCAUUGGCAUUGGGUUGCACCAGGGGAAAGUGGCUGAAACUAUGGUUCGUUAAAUGUUAUUGCCUUUAUGAGCUUUUAGUGUCAGACGGCAUUUCUUGACACGCACAUGAAAUGCAGGCACACGACCAGCAACUAUUCUAUUUUAGCUAUUUAAAGACAUUUCACAAAUUUACAUGUAAGGGAUGAUUUGGUUCGUCACCUUGAUCAGAAGACUGGAAUCUCAUCCAUUCCGAGCCAAGCAAAAACUAACCAGUUUUCACAAAUUUACUACCAGUGCUCCUACUCUUCCACACCAGCUCUGCAAGACGGAGAACCACCUUAACCUGCUUGCUCACAGAUUCAGACGCACAGGCCCACCUCAAAGGCCACCAUGCAGACUCCCCAAUUUGGAUGCUGUGUUCAUGGUCUUGAAAUCUGCUCAGAAUGCCUAUUCUUUGAGGGAAGCUGCUCUAGUACAUGGAUUUCUAGUGGUCAGUGGCUAUCUCCCCAACGAUGUAAUCUUGGGAGCACAGUUGGUGAACAUGUACGUCAAUGGCGAUGGACUCCGUGAAGCUAUCGGUGUCUUCCAUCUUCUGCCCACGAAAUCUGUGUUUGCUUGGAACUCGGUUCUGAAGGGGCUUCUAAAUCAUGGGCUGUUCGAAGAAACGCUUGAAUGGUAUGGAGCGUUGUUGUGGGAAGGCCUUUCUCCUGAUAAUUUUACCUUCCCGUGCGUCUUCAAGGCCUGUUCUGGCUUGUCGGAUCUUCAACAAGGUAGAGAAAUACACCACUUUGUUUGCAGUUUGAGGGCUCAGCAGAGGCUUGAUCCGAAUCCUUUUGUGGAAUGCGCCAUUAUCGAUAUGUACGCGAGGUGUGGUAGCAUUGGGGAAGCGCGUUCAGUGUUUGAGAAAAUGAUGCAGAGGGAUUUGGUUUGUUGGGGUGUUAUGAUUUGUGGAACUGUGCAAUCUGGGAGGUGGACUGAUGCAUUGGUUUUGUUUGUGAGGAUGAUGUCGGAGGGCUUGAACCCUGACCCUGUGGUACUGGCGAUGGUCAUUCCUGGAUGUGGCAGGAAUGGUGCAGUUGAGCUGGGGAAAUCAGUUCAUGGUCUCGUUGUGAAGAGUGGGUUUGUGAACGAUUUGUGUGCGAUGAAUUCUUUGAUUGACAUGUAUUGCAAGUGUGGCAGCACCAAUGAUGCAAAAUGCUUGUUUGAGAGUAUGGGCAUGAAGGAUCUGGUGUCAUGGAGUACCUUAAUUGGUGGGCAUUCACAGAAUCAUGAACAUGAGGAAUGUUUAUCACUGUAUGCUAGAAUGAAUGAAUCAGGUAUAACACCAAAUUCUGUUACUAUAGCUGGCCUUUUGCCUACUUUUUCUAGCCUGAAAAUGCUUCGUAAGGGAAGGGAAAUCCAUAAUUUCGUCAUAAGGAAUGGGUUUGAAUGUGACCGCUUCAUUGGAAGUGCACUGGUAGACAUGUAUGCCAGGUGUGGAAGGAUAAAAGAAGCAGAAAUGUUAUUUGAUGUCUUGCCAGAAAGAGAUAUUGCAGUCUGGAAUUCGAUGAUUACAGGCUAUUCUCUGAAUGAAAAUGCUGAAUUGACCUUCAAACUCUUGCGACAUCUGCAAGAAGUGGAGGUGAAUCCAAACUCGAUCACUCUUUUGAGUAUAAUAAGGUUAUGCACAAGCUUGGCAAUGGUGAAACAAGGAAAGGAGAUUCAUGGUUAUGCAAUGAGGGGAGGUUUCGAUUCAACUGUUUCUGUAGGGAAUUCCCUAAUAGACAUGUACUCUAAAUCUGGGCACCUGGAACUUGGGAUGAAGGUUUUCAAACUGAUGAAGGAGAAGAACGCUGUUACAUAUAACACAGUUAUUGGGGCCUUUGGAAUGCAUGGAAAUGGAAAUCAUGCUUGUCUAGUCUUCCAUGAGAUGCUGAAUACAAAUAUGAAGCCUGACAAGGUAACGUUUGUUGCAUUGUUAUCAGCUUGUAGCCAUGGAGGUAUGCUUGACCAAGGCUGGUUAAUCUAUAAUUCAAUGACCAAUCUUUAUGGAGUUGUGCCGGAUAUGGAACACUAUGCAUGCAUGGUGGACCUGCUUGGGAGAUCUGGGCAUCUUAGUGAUGCAUGGGAGUUUGUCAAGAAAAUGCCAGUUGAUCCAGACAUUGAUGUUCUGGGAAGCUUGCUUAGUGCUUGCAAGCUCCAUAAAGAUGUUAAAUUAGCAGAACACGUAGCAAGAAAAAUCUUUGACAUGUUUCCAGAAGAAACAGGGUAUUAUGUGCUUUUAAGCAAUACAUAUGCAACUGUUGGCAGAUGGGAUGAUGUAACAAGGGUAAGAGGAAAAAUCAAAGAAAAAGGCCUCAUAAAGGAGCCUGGACGUAGUUGGAUUCAGAUUAGAGGAACUGUUCACUCAUUUCUAGCCAAGGACAGUUCAAACCCCAGAUUCAGUUUAAUGAGCAAGGCACUAGAAAGCUUGUUGUUGAUGAUGAAGGAUGAAGGAUACAUUCCUGAUUUAAGUUUUUCCCUGCUCGAGCCAGCAUAUUAUGAUUCAAAAGCUGCAACUUCAGAUAAAUUCCACCAUCGUUAGAUCUUUAGCAAACUCUGGUUUCUAAAGAAGCUAUCCAGAAAUAUGUUUUUCACUGAUAAUGGCAAGAGCAUCAAUUUGUGACUCUAUCUACGAAAAAUGCAGAUCAGAGACUUGGGAAUUGGGAUUUACAUUGUACAUGCUAAUUAGUAAAAGAAGCCAUCUCCUAGGGCUGUGGUUGCUGCGAGCAACUAUGAGUGACAGAAGUUGGAUUGUUCUGGAAAAAUGCUACAUUUGACAUUCAAACCACAAUUUCUAAGCAAGUGAAAUGAAUUCCAGAAGUGGGAAAGCAAACUUCUAGGAAAAUAUUACAUGGACAUGGUUGAUGGAAUUUGUGGAAGCGACAUGACAAAGAGGAAGGAAGGAAAGUACUUCGGAACACAAAUUGUUGUUAUAACCUGCUUCAUGGUUAAUGGUUCUCUGAUGAGAUUAAGUUGUCAAGGAUUGUGAUCUGUGUCAUCAAUUGCUACACUACGGAAGAUGUGAAAGUCCAGAAGCCUCCUAGAAGUGGAUGUCUUAGUAGCCUUUUUGGAAGGGAAAUUUUCAUUAAUAUUGUGAACUUUGUGGAACUGAAGGAGUUUGUGAAGUCUUUGCUGGCCACUAGUUUCCGAUCCUCCGGUCCUUUUAUUACAGUGAGUUCUCCCUCCUGUGUCACCCAUAUGUCUCGGUGACAU